GGUGGUCGGAUCAAGAAGUGCUUCCUUUUUUUCCGGCGUUAUUUCUUCUCUUAAAUUCAUCGAUUUGGUGCUCUCGCAACUUCCAAUAGAUUACGGAUAAUUUUAAUAUUUUCCUAAGGGAUUUUGUUGAGUGUGUUCACAAAAUGAAGAUAUUACCAUGCUUUGCUGGAUUGAUUCGUAGAAAGAAAAAUAAGGGGAAUUCAAAACCUCUGCCUCCGAAAACGCAGAGAAUCCUUCAGAUCAGACUUGAAGAGCCAGUGAAGCCUCUCGAGAAUGAUGAGCCUAACAUCGCUGGCUACGACAAGGACAGUCCUAUCAAGCACGAGUCAUAUGACGACCAGGACUCAACGAACCGUGAGUUUCCUGAAUUCCAAGUUCAUGAACGAGCCGUUGAAUCUCUGAAAAGCAAGGAGGAAGUCACAGAUACUUCUGAAAACGGCAAUGAUGACGAUGACGAAGGAGGUCACGUCAGCGAUCCCGGAUUAGGCAGAGCCACGUCUUGGGUGACUUCUCCUAAGCUUAAACGAUCUUGCUCCACUCUCAGCAAGUUCAAUGGCCGGUUUCAUGGUUCUGAUCUCCAUGACCUGAGAGAGACCGUUCCAGUUAGUAAUGAAUCAGUGAAGUCCCAUAAAAGUGCAGAUAGAGUGAUGCUCAAGAAACACUCGUCGAUGCAGAUACUUCCUUCGGGUAGCCGGCGGCUCUGGUGGAAAUUGUUCCUCUGGAGCCAUAGGAACCUUCACAAACACCGUGUUUCGCUAAAGUCACAGACUUUAAACAAGAACCAUCAGUCUGGAUACACCUCUGACUUUGCUGAGCACAACCAAUCUAGCCAUGAAGAAGAAUCUACAAACAAUUGCGCUGAUUUCACCAACCAAUCAUCCAACUUGUGGCCUCGUCAUAAUCAGUGGGUAGCGUUCUCUGCCGAAUCAUCUUCGAUGAAGCGAGUGGACGAGUGGGUAAGAGGACUCGAUGUUGAAACCGCAGUACCCAUAAACGAGGAUAAAGACGUCUUGGCCAGCUUCCCACCCUCUCCCAAUACAGAGAGAUCACCCUUAGGAAAUGUGGUUCAGUCCGGAAAUGUCUCAGAGGCUAUAGUGCACGCAAAUAGCCUUAUCCAGUCGAUGAGCAAAUCCUCGAGCGUGGCUCACAUUUCGAGUGUCGGCUUGAAAGCUAUCCCGGGCAUCUCACAUUUUACCAGCCUCAAGUCGAUUGAUCUUUCAAACAACUUCAUAGUUCAAAUUACUCCUGCAUCGCUUCCAAAGGGCUUGCACGCGUUGAAUCUUUCCAAGAACAAGAUCAGUGUUAUCGAAGGACUGAGAGAUUUGACACGCCUAAGAGUACUCGAUCUCAGUUACAACCGAAUUUCUCGCAUUGGACAAGGUUUAUCAAACUGUACACUGAUCAAAGAACUAUACCUAGCUGGGAACAAGAUCAGCAAUGUAGAAGGCUUACACAGAUUGCUGAAACUUAUCGUUCUUGAUCUUAGCUUCAACAAGAUCGCCACCACCAAAGCAAUAGGCCAGCUUGUUGCCAACUACAACUCUCUUGUCGCUUUGAACAUCCUCGGAAACCCGAUUCAGAGUAACGUAGGCGAGGACCAGCUACGCAAGACCGUCUCCAGCCUUCUCCCUAAGCUUGUUUAUCUUAACAAGCAGCUCAUCAAGCCACAACGAGCCAGGGAAGUACUCAAAGAUAGUGUAGCGAGAGCUGCGUUUGGUGGUGGAGAUUCUUUGCACCACAGGCGCAAAAGAACAUCCACCAAAAAAGUUGUGGGAUCAGCCUCCCCUAGCGUUCACCACCGAGGCCACAUUGGAAAGGGACGUGUAUCCAAUAGCAGAAGCCGACAUCAGCUAAGAAAAACUUCAGCUACAGAGUCACCAUUACAUUGAUAUUUCAUUUUUUUCUUUUAUGAAUCUUAUCUUAUGAAUUGGCCAAUGCAAAUUGCAAAAAUAUCCACCAUAGGACCAUUUAUGUUCUCCAAGUUGCUCUCAUCUUUGAAAAUACAACAUCUGUUUCUCA